AUGGCAUAUCAAUCCAGCCAAAAAGACAUCACAGAUGAUUUUAAAAUGCAAAGAAUCGGGAACUUUCUCAUCCGUGCUUCGAGAAGUGAUAGGGUUGGGCUUAAUUUGAUGUUGAGGGAGCGCAUUUCGCCUAAUAUGCAGGAUUAUGAUAACAGAACUGCUCUUCAUCUAGCUGCCAGUGAAGGUCAUGAUUCGAUUGUAGAGCUUCUUCUACACUACAACGGGAAGGAAACGAACGGGAUGGCGGCAGUGGGGAACCGGGAAAACAUCACCGGUGAUUCUAGUUCUUCGACAGUGAAGGAGACGAACGUGAUGACAGUCAUUGAGAGGGAUGUGAAGGGGUAUCGGGACAGUACAACAGCAAUUCUGAGGGUGUUUGACAGCGGGUGCUUGGUGGAAAUAGGCGGAGAAGGUUGGGACUGCCUCAUUUGA